AUGCCAGCAACGACUGAACAACCCAUCUCCAAACCUCACCCAAAUCUACGACCUGUCCUCUACAUCUCAGUACACGUUCCAAAGCCCGCGAUUACCCGACGGCAUAACGACGCAAAACAGCCGACACCUCGAAACUCACAUCUCCGAAUACCGAACGAUAUCCCAAACCCCCAGUACCUCGCCGUGCUUGAUUUACUUCCGAAAGAAACUAUGGCUCAGGACCCUCGCGCGCUGCUGCAAAAGGCAGACAAGACGCUCUCGAGCGCCGGCGGCGGCUUCAGCUUCUUCGGCGGCCGGGAGGACAAGUACCAGAACGCCGCGGACCUGUACAUCCAAGCCGCCAACGCCUUUAAGAUGCAGAAGCUCAACCGCGAAGCAGGCCAGGCCUUUGAGAAGGCAGCCCAAGUACAGACCAACAACCUCAAGGAGCCAGAUGACGCCGCCAACACGCUUGUCGACGCCUUCAAGGCUUACCGCAAGGACGAUCCGGAGGCCGCGGUGCGCUGCCUCGACGUUGCCGUGAAUCAAUACUGCGCCAAGGGCAACUUCCGCCGCGCGGCCGGCCACAAGGAGGCGCUCGGUGAACUGUUCGAGACGGAGCUCGGUGACUCAAAGCGUGCGCUCGAAAGCUACGAGGCCGCGGCGGGUUGGUACGAGGGCGACAAUGCUGCCGCGCUCGCAAACAAGCUCUGGCUCAAGGUCGCCGACGUGGCCUCCCUCGAGGGCGACUACUACAAGGCCAUCGAGAACUACGAAAAGGUGGCGGCGGCCUCGAUCAACAACAACCUGAUGAAGUACUCGGUCAAGGACUACUUCCUCCGCGCAGGCAUCUGCCACCUCGCCACGGGCGACAUGGUUGCCGCCCGCCGCGCCGUCGAGAAGUACGCCGACAUGGACCCCGGAUUCGCCCAGCAGCGCGAGGCUAUGCUCCUCAACGACCUGCUCGCCGCCGUCGAGGGCGGCAACCAGGAGGAAUUUACCGACAAGCUCUUCCAGUACGACCAGGUCAGCAAGCUCGACAAGUGGAAGACGACGCUGCUCGUCCGGGUCAAGAAUGCCAUUGAGGAGCCUGAGGACGAGUUUGCCUAAGUCUUUGUUUGAAAUUUCUUUUUUGGUCGUCUUUGGAGUGAAGCGAUGCGAGUAUGAGAAGGGAGGCGGGAAAGAUAAGAGGGGGAAGAAAGACCAUUCCCCCCCUCCGUCCUUGUCCUAGGUUCUUAAAGGCUAUCUUUCUUCCCCGUUGGUGGACCUGCGGGAUGGAUGAUGGGCAUGGAUGGAAUGACGAGCAAUGGCAGGAAACUACAUGCGUUCUCCAGACUUGGUGGGUGGUGAAAGAAAGCGUUGUGUUUGCUUGCGUCAACAAACACAUCCUGGUGAGAGUGAGAGAGAGGAGAGCGGGCGCCCCCAAGAAAUCACAAGAAAAUCGGCAUCCGUACUAGUCGUUUUCCCGCUUGAAUAGAAAUCCACAUACAAUGAACCAACCAUCC